AUGCAAGAGGCGGUUUGGCCACAAAUAUUUAUUUAUAGAUAUUUUAAAAAUAUUUUAAUUUUUUUCAACUUUAAUUUCAAUUUUUUUUAUUAUAUAUAACCUUAAUUUUUUUAAUAUUACAUAAAAGAUCCUUAAAUAGUUUAGAUGAGUUUUGGAGCAAAUCGAAAAAGAAAGAUAUUUUUGAUAAACAACAAAUCAAGUUUGAACACAAUUUUAAAAAAUAUUUCUUCUCGGUAAAAGAUAUUUUUAAACAACAAAUAAAGAUUUUUAAGCUAAAAGAUCAAUAUAUUUUCAUUAUUUGUAGGUAUAUUUUUAUUUUUAAGCUCAGAACUCCAUGUGAAAUUCUUUUCAUUCAUGAGUAUAAUCAGUAGAUAAAUUAAUCAGAUAAUUUUAAUAGUUUUAAAAAGUUUUAGAAUAUAAAAUUAAAUUUAAAAGAAACUUUUCAAUAAUCAAAACACAUCUUUUAAAAAUACAUAAUCAAACAUAACUCUUACCCCAACUCCAUAUUCAAAAUAUUUUAGUUUUUAUGUUCAAACGCCUGCUAAAUAUAAUGCACUACCUAUCUCAAAUGUUAAUGCUUCAACUUCCCCACUAAAUAAAUGAAAAAAAACCUUCCUUCAAGUUUUUAAGUUGUAACUUCUUCUUCUUCUUCUAAUCGAGAUCUCAACUCUUUGACCUUCCCAUGUUGUAGCAGUAAUUUCCCUUCUAGGGUCCAUUGGCUUUUUCAUUGUUUUCUAGUAAUUUAUUACUAUAUUUUUGUUUAUGAUUACUUGGAAUCUUUGAUUAUUUUCUUGGUUACGGUUAAUUGAAUUAGCAAAGCCUGUGUAUUGUUUUAUUUCAGCUCAUGUUGAAUCUUGGUUUGGUGGGGUUGAAAUUGAACAAGUCUUGUAUUUGAAUUCUUGUCGACUUGUUUUUAGUUAAUGUGUGUGAAGUUUUGACUUUGUUUGAAUCUUGAUUAUUUGAUUGAAGUGUCAAGAUCUUGUUGUUUUUUAAUGGGGAUAUUAUGGAGCUUUGAUCUUAAUGUAGAAAGGAACAAAAUGGGGAACACUUGUGUUAGGUCCAAAUAUUUCUAAAAAUAGAAUCUUGAAUAUGUGGGGUUGAACAUGUCUUGGAUUUUGAAUUCUUGUUGACUUUGUUUAUGGUAAAGGAUUAUUUGAUUGAAGUAUCAAGAUCUUUUUCAUUUCUUGGGACAUUAUAGAUGUUAAUGUAGGAAGGAAACAAAGGGGUUAAUUUAGGAACAAAAUGGGGAACACUUGUGUAGGACCAAGUAUUUCUAAAAAUGGACUCUUUCAAUCAGUUUCAGCAGCAAUGUGGGGAUCUCGGUCGCCGGAUGAUACUGCUUCCACCAUCACUAAUGGUGAAAGUGUUAGAAUAGAAACACCAACUUCUGUGAAAGAAACUGAUUCAAACCCUUUGCCAGUUCAAGAUAAGCCACCAGAACAUAUAACAAUGCCUAAGUCAGAACCUAAAGAGGAAGAAAAACCGAAAAAACCCGAAAAACCAGCUGAAAUGAAGAGGGUGGCAAGUGCUGGCCUUAGGACUGAUUCUGUGUUACAGAAAAAAACCGGGAAUUUAAAGGAGUUUUUUAGUAUAGGAAAGAAAUUAGGACAAGGGCAGUUUGGAACUACAUUUCUUUGUACUGAAAAAGCAACAGGGAAGCGGUAUGCUUGCAAAUCGAUUGCUAAGAGGAAGUUGUUAACGGACGAUGAUGUGGAAGAUGUUAGAAGGGAAGUCCAGAUAAUGCAUCACUUAGCAGGGCAUCCUCAUGUUAUAUCGAUAAAAGGGGCUUAUGAGGAUGCUGUAGCUGUUCAUCUGGUUAUGGAGUAUUGUGCUGGGGGUGAACUUUUCGACAGAAUUAUUCAACGAGGGCACUAUACAGAAAGAAAAGCAGCUGAGCUUACCAGGACUAUUGUUGGAGUUGUAGAAGCUUGUCAUUCUCUUGGUGUUAUGCAUAGAGAUCUUAAGCCUGAGAAUUUUCUUUUUGUUGAUCAGAAGGAGGAAUCACUUCUCAAAACAAUUGACUUUGGGUUAUCAAUAUUCUUCAAACCAGGCGACAAAUUUACUGAUGUUGUCGGCAGUCCGUAUUAUGUUGCACCAGAAGUUCUCCGGAAACGUUACGGUCCUGAAGCUGAUGUCUGGAGUGCUGGUGUAAUUAUCUACAUCUUAUUAAGUGGAGUACCUCCUUUCUGGUCUGAAAAUGAGCAAGGGAUAUUUGAACAAGUCCUGCAUGGUGAUCUCGACUUCACAUCAGACCCAUGGCCAAGUAUUUCAGAAGGUGCAAAAGAUUUGAUGAGGAGAAUGCUCAUUCGAGAUCCAAGAAAACGUUUAACUGCACAUGAAGUUUUAUGCCAUCCUUGGGUUCAAAUUGAUGGUGUGGCUCCUGAUAAGCCUCUGGAUUCGGCAGUUCUGAGUAGAAUGAAGCAAUUUUCUGCAAUGAACAAGCUCAAGAAAAUGGCUUUGAGAGUCAUUGCUGAAAGCCUAUCCGAAGAAGAAAUUGCUGGUCUUAAGGAAAUGUUCAGGAUGAUAGACACGGACAAUAGCGGUCAAAUAACUUUUGAAGAGCUCAAAGAUGGAUUAAAAAGAUUUGGCUCUAAUCUGAAGGAGUCUGAGAUCUAUGAUCUUAUGCAGGCAGCUGAUGUUGAUAACAGUGGAACAAUUGAUUAUGGUGAAUUUAUAGCUGCAACAUUACAUCUUAACAAAAUUGAAAGACAAGAUCAUCUUUUUGCUGCUUUCUCUUACUUCGAUAAAGAUGGAAGCGGGUACAUCACUGCAGACGAACUUCAACAUGCUUGUGAAGAAUUUGGCAUUGGAGAUGUUCGCAUGGAAGAAAUGAUCAGAGAAGCUGACCAGGACAAUGACGGGCGCAUUGAUUACAAUGAGUUUGUUGCUAUGAUGCAAAAGGGAAAUCCAGUGGUUGGUGGUGGCAAGAAAGGUCUAGAGCAUAGUUUCAGCAUUGGAUUCAGAGAAGCACUAAAAUUAUAGAUUUGUGAAGAGUGAUCUUUUGUUCUAUUGUUUUCUUCAUUUCCUACUGGAAAUUUUGUGUGUUUUAAGCUAAGUUGCUUGGACUCUUCACUUUUGAUGUCACACUUGCUUCGGAUUCUCCAAAAAUACCCUCUUUUUGGAGAAUCCGACACGCACUCAUUGACAUUUUUGAAGAGUCCGAGCAGGUUUUAAAAGUGUAUAGUAUUAAACUAGUGCUUGCUAAAGAGCAUCAUUGUUUUCCAGAGCAAUUUUCAAUUCCUUCCAAAUUUUGCACAAUUUUUCUUUCAGUUUCAGUUAUCCUAUUGAGUAAUUGUAUAACAUGGAUGUAACCAUAUUAAACUGCACUUUUGAGUUAUGCUGCUUAUUGAACUCUUAGUUUACUCA